AUGGUGGAACUGUCAGUGCCGAAUGAUGGAGAUCGCCCACUGAAGGAGUCGCCGAGUGGUGCAACGUCUGGGGCGGUGGCGGUAGCGGGCGACGGAACUGGCAACGGUAAAGUUCACACUCCACCCUCCCUAACCACCAAGCUCUUCCCUUUCUUUCUUCCCACACCGACCGUGCCGGUGCGCAGACGGCAGGGCCGACGGAAGCCGUUCUUCGAAAAGUUCGGCACACUGCUCAAGCAACGCUCGGAUGCGUUUCUGCUACACGUAAACAAUCCCGUACCACCCCACGGCGAAGAGUCGGACGCUCCGGGUGCUGGACCGGGCGGGUCGGUUGUUGUCGGUGGCCCAUCCACCGUGGCCGUCCACGGCCCGGCAGGGAUUCCGCCGAUCGUCGCCAACGGAGAUGUCUCACCGGUCCGGGCGAGUGAUGCUGACAACUAUGUUGAGAUACUUUACGAGAAAGUACUGCACGAAAUCAAGCAGGGCAACAUUAUCGACCGGCAAAAGAAGCUGACCCAAAAGAGCCUCUAUGCCUACAUCCAGGAAGCGUUCGGUGUGGACGAAACCAGACAUGCCGUGUUAGAGCAGCGCGUCGACACCAUGCUCGCCCAGGACAUCUAUCUGCGGGUGGAGAUCAUGGAGGCGAAGCUCACCGGACCACCGGCCGGCCCCGAACAGCUGCUGCCGAACGCGUUCGUGAUCGUGUACCUGCAGGAGAAGCCGCGCGAAACUCAUCGCACCGCGACGAUACCGAGCACGCUCAAUCCGACGUGGAAUCAACAGUUUCCGGUCGCCGUAAAGCAGGACACGAAUGAGACGCUUAUUAUUGAAGUGUUCAACAACUCCAACAAUCCGAACAAAUUCCUGCGGGCACUGCGCAUCGCGAGAAAGGUUCUGCUGUCGCUAUUCAAACCGGUCGCUUCGCAUGCAAAAAUGAUUGGCCGCGCGAGUAUUCCACUGGAGUCGAUCACGUCGACCGGUUUGAUAUCGUGGUACAAUCUGGCGAAGAAGAAAAAACCCGACCCACAAGGUACGAUAAAGGUGAAGUUUUUCUUCACCUCCAAGCUGGAAAAAGCCACCGCCAAGCACGAGUACGAGCAGAUGCUGCGCUGUAUACUCGAGUAUGAGCUGCGCAGUUCCAGCGUGGCCCGCUACUGGUGGGCCGGCAAGCUAACCUGCGAAGGUGAAGCCAUCCUGCAGCAGUACACCAAGUGUGCCAACCUGAACGCCAUCGAACAGACGCUUAUUGCUUGGUUCGUCUACACGCAGGUGCAUCUCACGUAUCCGCUCUCGAUUAGUCUGCUCGAGAGCGUGCUGGACAAGCUGUGCGUUGGGUACGAUGCGGCCCUCACGUCGGACGAAGAGCGGGAGCGGUUUUGGGAUGGUGCGCGACGUAUCUUGCCCUCCUGCCUGUCGAUCAUCGUGAAGAUGCGCAAACGGUUAGCCGGUGAUAAGGAUAUCGUUAAGACGGUUACCUCUGUGCUGCAGUUGGUCUCGAAGGCGGACCAGUUGGCCGCACGGAAGGGAGCCAACCUGUUCUCCGAGGCUACCGUACGCACCUUGAAACAAAUGGCGCUGGACUGUACGAAACAUUCCACCAUGAAGGAAGCGAUAGUGUUGGCAGUUCAGCUGGGCGCAAGAACCUGGUUCGAGACUGCACUUUCGGCCGCCAUUGAAGGUAGUCAGUCGAACGAAGAGAAGUUGCGUUCGCUGAUUAAGUUCGUACAGCUGCUUCAAUCUGAUCUUCUGCGUGCCAAGACGUACUACGACGGUGCCUUCAAGAGCGUAAUGGACAUUGACUAUAGUCGCGAGAUCUGUAUCCAACACGAGGCACGUAUCGUUUCCCAUCUGCGCCCGAUCGUACAGACGAUCUGCAACGGCUUCAAGAAGAUAACGCUCCGGAUGGAGCAGCUGGAGCGUCGGGCCGAGAUGGAAAGUCUCGACAUGAGUUCGACACUGUUCGAGCUGUACCUGAUACUGAAGCUGUUUCUGCAGCAAACGGACACGGUCGUGCAGUGUGCCCACAAUCCGUACAUCGUCGAGUUUCACCAGUGGUUCCGUGGCGGUAUCAUGUACUAUCUGGAUGUGUUUGCGAUAAAGACGAUAUCGCGCGUAGUUACCGUGCUGGAGGAGGAUGAUCUCCGUCGGCAAACGGGACCGUCGGCAAACGAUCACCCAAAGUGUUCAUCCUCCACCCGGGAGAUACUGGAGAUUAUAUCGCAGAUCAAGAUCUUCUGGGAUCAGCUGGCGUGGCCGGAUAAGGAUGAGAUGAAGAAGUUCCUGAAGCGGAGCAUUGGUGAUAUCUGUAGCUGUUGCAUUUUCUAUGCCGAUCGUUUACUGUCCAAGGUGAAAACUUUAGAUGGAUCAUCCACUAACGCGACGGGAGGGUUGAACGCCGCACAGCUGGCAACACUGGAACGCUCGCUAAUGGUACUCUCGAAUGUGAGCAUUCUUAUCGAAAGUCUAGCACGAUUACCCCAAGAACUGGGCUACAGCCAACCGCGUGCUGGUGGUAGUGCGGCAACCGAUGGCACAUCGGAACAACCGCGCAAGACAUCUCUCGAACAACUGAUGGCUGAUGAGAUGUUGCCGAUCGAUGGACUAGCGAGUUGGCGACAGAAGUGUGUGCGCUACAUUGCCGACCACGUCACACAAACGACCCGCAGUCUCAUCGUUGCCUGCGGUGAGGUGACCAUGAACGGUGGAAGUCCCAACGGCACUGGGAGCACACUGGCGGGUGGAUUCUUCUCCAGCAAACCACACCCGUCACCGGUGGAGAAUGUGGAACGGUUACGGCAUUGGAUCGUUCAGUCGGCCACGCUGCUUAACGAGAGCUUAACGGAGGUGGACCUUCAUGCAGUGGAACAGGAUCUGUGGACAUCUCUCGAGACGACGAUGGAUGAAAUCAUUAAAAAGCUUCUAGAGAAAAAAGACUCCCUGGCCACGUUCCAGCGAUUGCGGAACUGUUACGAACAGCUCAUCCAGCACUACUUCCGCACGCUAAGUGAAACGAUCGCGUGCUCCACGAUCGGUGAGCGGCUGGAAACGUUUAGCUGCACCACGAACGAACUUAUCCACCGGUACUACUUGGAGCGUGUCCGGCAACAGGAGCAGCUGGAAGAGCUCGAGCAGGGACAGCUCACCGUACGCUGCUGGUUCCAGCCGGAUGGGCUGCAGAUUAAGGUGCUGCGCGCGGAACAGUUACGGCUGCCGAAGGACUACAAACACUCGUGUGACAGUUACGUGAAGAUAAACGUACUGCCACCGGAUCAGUUCGGUGCACCGUUGCCCGAACUGAAGACGAAAACGAAAUCGAAGAACUUUUCUCCCAUCUACAACGAAACGUUCACACUGAAAAUUAACCCCGUCCAACAUUCCCUGAAGGACGCACUGCUCAUGCUAAACGUGAAGGUGUCCGAGCUGCUUGGACUCAGCCAGAAGCACAUUGGUGAAUGUUUUCUACGCCUCGAUGCCAUUCCGGUGGUGCGCGAUGCCAGUGAAGCACACGAGAUCGCCCCCAUCACCAUUCCACUUAGUCUCCCGUUCAGUAUAUCUUCCUACUCCAUUACCGCACUCGAAAAUCGUAACCAUGACAAAAUGGCCGGUCAGUUUUUGAAAAAGCUGAAACAAAAAAUGGGCAUCGCACCGUACACGAUGAGUACGCUCAGUUUGUGA